AUGUUAAUCCUUGUUGGUGUUAUCCUACUGGUAUACUUAUUAUUUCCCAACGAAAAGUACCUACAAAAUGACGAUCAUAGAUUGCAACGUCGUAAUUCUGAUCGCAACACAAAUAGGAAAGUUGUAAAGGUUAAAUUUCAGUAUAAGAUAGCUAUAAUAUCAGAUUUAGACGAGAAAUCGAAAGAAAAUAAAGCCAACACUUGGCGAAGCUAUUUACGUUAUGGCAACUUAAAAAUAUUCAGCGAUAAUAGUAUUAAAAUUAAUUGGAAGAAAGAUUAUUCCAUUAUUAAAUCGCAUCUCGCUGAAAAUGGACGUGGCAUGGAAUUAUCGGAAUUAAUCUACUUUAACAAUCAUCUUUGCGCCUUAGAUGACCGAUCAGGUGUCAUUUUUAAAAUUAUUCGUGAAAAAGCAGUACCCUGGGUAAUAUUAGCUGAUGGUGAUGGUACUGUAGCGAAGGGCUUCAAAUCUGAAUGGGCAACUAUUAAAGAUGAUCAUUUAAUUGUAGGUGGUUUCGGUAAAGAAUGGACUAGUAAAACAGGCGAAGUGUUAAAUGUUAAUCCCCAGUAUAUUAAACGCAUUAACAAAGAUGGCGGUAUGAAGCAUAUUAAUUGGGUGAAAAGGUAUGAAAAAGUCAAAUCUUCCUUAGGGAUUACAUCACCCGGUUAUGUCAUCCAUGAAGCUGUUGUAUGGAGUAACAUCCAUCGAAAGUGGUUUUUUUUACCUCGACGUGCAAGCCAUAACAAAUAUGAUGAUGUGAAAGAUGAACGACGAGGCACCAAUACAUUAAUUAGCUGUACUGAAAACUUUGAAAGUUGUCGUGUCAAGCAUAUUGGUGUCUUAAAUCCAUUAUUAGGCUAUUCAGCUAUGCGAUUUAUACCUGGCACUAGUGAUAAUUGGAUCAUAGCUUUGAAAACUGUAGAAAAUAAAGGUAAAGUUGCUACCUUUGUCACGGUCUUCAGUAUUAACGGCACUGUCAUCUUACAUGAUCAAGACGUAGACAACAAAAAAUUCGAAGGGAUUGAAUUUAUUCCAUAA